AUGGAAACGUUGACUAACGAAACCAAUGAGCUAAGAUCAGAGUUUCUCCCAUGUCAAAGAUCAGCCAAAGUUCUUGUAAAGAACUGUAUGUUGUUUCUUCUUGUUUCCAAUCUCCUAAUCACCAGAGCUAUGGAAACGCACAAAGCCGUUGAGUUUCGAUCUAAGUUUCUCCAUGUUCUUCUUAGUCGACGAUCAGCCCCAGUUCCAUUAGUAGCUGAGCCUUCGAAGCCAGUGGCAAAUCCUAUAUUUCAAAGUGAUGUUCCAUCUACAGCUGCAAUAGAGUCUUCUCCAAAGGCACACAUGAAUAACUUAAAAGGUAUGCUUAAAGAGGAAAACCUUCAUUUGCACACUGAGGCUGGAGAGCAAGGAAGAUUGCCUUUGCUUAUUUUAAGCUUGAAGGAGAAGAGUGUUGAAAGAAGACCAGCUGUUGUGUUUAUGCAUAGCUCAAACGCAAACAAAGAAUCGUUAAGGCCAUUGCUUGAAGCAUAUGCUUCACGGGGAUAUGUAGCCAUUGGUUUAGAUUCUCGUUACCAUGGGGAACGAGCUGACUCCAAAACUGCCUAUCAAGAUGCUCUUAUAUCAUCUUGGAAACAUGGAAACACAAUGCCUUUUAUCUAUGAUACUGUUUGGGAUUUGAUAAAGCUAGCUGAAUAUCUUACUCAUCAGAGGAAAGAUAUAGACCCACAAAGGAUAGGAAUCACCGGUAUUUCACUAGGAGGGAUGCAUGCUUGGUUUGCUGCUGCAGUUGACACCCGCUAUUCAGUAGCUGUUUCUUUAAUUGGUGUUCAGGGAUUCAGAUGGGCAAUAGAAAAUGACGCCUGGCAAGCAAGAGUCGACAGUUUAAAACCUUUAUUUGAAAGUAACACUUUUAAUAACACACAAAUAUGCAUUAAGAUAAUUGAGUUAUUGGGUUUCUUAUUCCUUUCUUUUAUACUUUCAGAAGCAAGGAUUGAUAUGGGGAAGAGCAAAAUUGACAAAGAAGUGGUAGAGAAGGUGUGGGACAGAAUAGCUCCUGGCCUAGCCUCUAAGUUUGAUGCACCCUACUCGGUACCAGUGAUUGCUCCACGCCCUCUUUACCUCCUCAACGGCGCUGAGGAUCCUCGCUGUCCUCUUGGUGGACUAGUUGUUCCGGUGAAGAGAGCUAAGAAGGCUUAUAAGAAAACUCCUGGAAACUUCAAGUUCGUAGCAGAAGAUGGUGUUGGACACACAGUGACGAGUUUCAUGAUCAAAGAAACAUCAGAUUGGUUUGACAAAUGUGACCCAAGCCAACUUCAACUUAACCAGACCAGUAUGUUUGAUCGAACUAGAAAAGAUUUCUUGCUUGUCCAUAGAAGAGGUUGCUGGGUACAAUACAAACUCUCACUCGCAAAUGUCACAGCUUCACCUCCACCGUCUCUCUCUCCCACAAUCCUCCACUCGUUUCACAACACCGCCUUUACCUUCCUUACAUCGCCGCCGUGCAGCUCCGUCGCUGAAACCACUUACCAAAAAAAGCUUCCCACUUUCCUCAACUUCCGAGCUCAAUUCAUCGAAAGCCACAACCUUUCGCCGACCCAUCAUCUCAAAAUCUCGUAUUACUUGCAGGUUCAGCCAAUCCG